UCGAGCACGCGGCGUCUGCUUGUGACAGUGUAGGGGGCGGGCAAGUCAAUACUCCUUUUAAUUCUCGUGUUUCCUAGUCACUGUGUGUCCCUUCCUGCCCGUCCACCUAGAAUUUGUCUCUUCAGAGUGAGGUGAGACCCGGUGGCAGCCCUGAGGAGCGUGGUGAGGAGAAAUACAGGCGCUUUAGGUGAAUCCUCUGAAUUGUGUCACCCUCACCGAUGUCCAGUGCAUGUAUCAAGGGAUGGAGGGCAUAGUGACCCUGCAAGACAUGGCAACCUUGCCAGAUGUGUGGCUUGUUGAAGUACUUUAUUUUACACCUUGGAAUUAAGAAGGCAACAACAGCAGCAGCAGCAGUAUUACACCUGUUACAGUGUAAGGCAAGAUGGAGGUGGUUCAAGAAAAGCUACACAGGAUGAAGGACCUCUAUGAUUGGUCCCUAUCCAUAGCAGAUGAUCGAGUGAGGGAGUGGCCAUUGAUGUCCUCCCCACUCCCGACGCUGGGUCUGAUGGCAGCCUACCUUACCAUGGUGAAGGUGGGCCCCAGGUUGAUGCAGCACCGCCCUGCCUUCCAGUUGAGAAUACCGCUUAUUGUCUACAACCUUGCCAUUAUGCUGCUCAAUCUCUACAUUGGUGUGGAGCUGGCCAUUGUGUCAGUGAGGCUGCGGUACAGUUGGUUUUGCCAGCCGGUUGAUUACUCCACCAAUCCUGAUGAAAUGAGGAUAGCAGCAGCCCUAUGGUGGUACUACAUAUCCAAGCUGGUGGAGUUCACUGACACUCUGUUCUUCAUUCUGCGCAAGAAAACUAACCAACUUACCUUCCUGCACAUCUACCACCACUCCACCAUGUUCUGCCUCUGGUGGAUUGGCAUCAAAUGGGUCGCUGGUGGAUCCUCCUUUUUGGCCGCCAUGAUGAACAGCUUUGUGCACGUGGUCAUGUAUGCUUACUAUGGCCUUUCCGCCUUUGGCCCAGCGGUGCAGAAGUACUUGUGGUGGAAGAAGCACAUCACCUGCAUACAGCUGAUCCAGUUCACCAGUGCAGGGGUGCUGGGGGCCCGGGCCAUCGUAGUGGGAUGUGACUUCCCCCUUUGGAUGCAGUAUGCUCUGGUGGUGUACAUGAGUAGCUUUAUCAUCCUCUUUGGCCAGUUCUAUGUCCAGCACUAUAGGCUCAAGCAAAAGAGGGUGAAGGGAAGCAAGAAUGGCACCGCCGGCCACCAGGGAGGAGCUAACGGCAUCACCCACAAUGGCGUGACCUCAGCCAAGCAGCACAUGGCCAAUGGUGUGGUCAGGCAGGACGGACAGGCUCACAAGGAAGGCUCGGGCAAGAAGUCAGGUGGCAGCGGGCAGAAGGGCGGGCAGCGGGGAGGCAAUGCUCGCACCAGGGGACAGCUGCGCCGUGAGGGCCGUGCACGCCAUGACUCUUAAUGCUGCUCCACUAGUACCAUCCAGAAGGCAUCCAUAUACCGACCAAGGCACUGAGUGGAUACACAUUUUGGUGGCACGGGCUUUGUGUGUGUGUGUGUGUGUGUGAGUGAGCGAGUGUAAGUGAAUGAAUGAUUGAGAGCUUUCUCCAUACAUUCCAGACUUCACACCAUUGCUCGUCACAGUGAGUCAGGGCAAGGGAUGAAGGAGUCUGUAGUUGUAGUUGUUAAUCAUUAAGGUGAUCUGGUCAGUAAGAUAAACUAACUCAUUGGUUGUCAAGUUGAGAGAGAGAUUAAGUAUUUUAUUGAUCUUUUAAUCACUUGUUACUUACACCAAAGACUGUUUGCAUCCCCUGAUGGUCUCCUCCUGCUCCUGAAUGCAACAUUUUGCAAGCUGGGAAGAAAGUUAUGACAGUUUAUAUUUUGAGAUUUAUGGUAUUGUUACUUUAAUAGAUUUUCGUACAUGUGU